CCAUGUAUACAUGUAUAUAUCCUUUGCAGCAUAUGGAAGUGACAGGCAUACUCCAUGGACAAGGGAAGGAAUAGCCCCCAGGACUGUUGCACUUGAGUCUCCAAGACUGCCAGUUUGGACAUGGUGCAGGUCCAUGGUGAAGGUACAUGAUAGCUAUCUUAUGGACCUUCCUCAUCACUCUCGAAGUCUGCUCAGAACACGCAUCAGGGCACCUGGAGUACAUCAAGUGCGAGAGUACGAUGCUUCACUCUUCGAUUCCCGCUCACUCACAACCUCACUCCGCGCACUUCUAUCAGUCGGACUCCAUUAUCAAACUGAAUAGAGAGCUUUGGUCUCAAGUAUCGCCCACUCGCGGUAAUCUACCCCAGCCUAACAGUUGGCUGGGGGAGCUGUUCGAUCAUUGACGCGGAUGCGGGCGCUACUGAUUUAGACUAUUUGUGGCCAUCUAUUCUGGCACUUUCUCCAUGUAUCAGAGCAUACAUUUCACUUU